UUAGAUAACGUGUACACCGCGGAUGAGUCUCGCACGAAGGGGCAAAUCAUUGUCGUGCAGUCCGUUUUCGUCCGUGAUACUGUAACGGUUGUCCUCCUCAACAGCAUCUCCAGGAAUAGAAGGUGUUUGAGGAAAAUUUCCCAGCAACCAGGCAAAGGUUUCAGUCCGCAAACACCCAGAUCCAGCCCGUCCAACACGGUUCGAGUAUUUACGACGAUGAUGGCUUCACUGCAGUCCACGUUUCUCGUUAGCUUAGUGCUGCUAGCAGUUUUCAUCCACAAAGGUGAUGCCAUCCGUUGCUUCGAGUGCAACAGUGCCGAGGAUUCCACCUGCACGCAUGACAACCCGCCUGAUACGAUGUCCGUGGAUUGUAAUGAUCACAAGGACGGCAAUAAGUACACGUUCUGCAGGAAGAUCGUGCAGAUCAUUGAGUUCCCAGUGAAUAACCUUCCACCAGACAAUCGAGUGAUCCGUGGAUGUGGUUGGGAUGAAUCGUCCUACAAGGGCAAAUGCUACCAGCGUUCCGGAUUCGGAGGUCGCCAGGAGGUGUGCGCUUGCUACGAUGAUAACUGCAACGGAUCGUCCUCGCUGUCAGUAACGCUUGGUGUGUUGCUGUUCGGAGCAAUCGCUUUCCUGAUUCGUGCUUAAUCCACUGGACGGUGUUUAACCGACACACAUAUCCACCUGUGUACUAGUGGACAUCCUACGAUGGGAGAAAAGUUUCCUUUACAUUUUUACUAACUUUUUCUGAUCUGAUUUGUUCUGUGUUUGGUUUUGUGCUGUUGGGUUUUACAUUCCGUCUCAUAACCGCUUGGAUUUUAUUAAAGAUCUUCUAUGCCGAUCGUUACUAGUAGCGCAACGAAUAGCUGAAAGCGUCGCCUUUCAGUCAUCUGGUCCAAGUCGUGGGGGCCUAAAGCUGCCAUAGACCUUAAACGUACAGAACACACAAACUACACCAACGUAACGAGAAGCGCUGCAAUGAUAUCCCGGCAUCGAACAUACGACCUUUCGAGAUGCCACAUUUUUUAAUACUUUGUAAAUUUAUCAUUCCGUCUACUUCACGCCCGAUGAUUGCCUUUUCUCUGGUUUGCGGAAAUAGCGAAACAAACACUUAAUCCGAAAUGACGCAUUAUCGAUAAUGCUCCAUUAGCUAAAUCGAGGUGAUGGCUCCAGCCAGGAAAAUGCUUCGCCGGAAAUAGCUUUUCCGUUAACGCUAGAAAGCAAAUUGAAUCGCCAGACGAACAAAAAAAAUAGAGGCUAAAAGGGUCUAAGGUGUCGUUUAGUGUGAGCAGGAAGCGGUUAACGAUUAGCAAGAAAAUGCUAAUCUCGAAGUCUUAUUUCUUUUGUAGUCGUAGUUGUUAUCUAGUUGUUUGAUGAUAAGGAAAGUGCAAGCAAAAUGCAAGACAUUAAUCCACAAGAUUAGCGAAGAUUAAGAUCGGCCAGGCCAGAUGCAAUGGUGGCAGAAAACGAGCGAAACACGUGUGGGAGUUGCAGCUGAGGGGCAGCAGCUGCAGUAAAGUAAUGUGUAAGCCGAAGCAGAUCUUUAAAUCAACAAAAUAUAGACAGAGAUAAUUAUGCAUAAAUCCUAGCCCGUAAGUCCCACCUCUUCUCGGGCGAGAGAGCCGAAGAGAUUGUUCAUCGCUAGGCGGCAUUCAAUUUCAUCCUUCCGUUGCUCCGUGAACGCAACGAGUUUCCAGUUCGACCGGGGAAAAAACACACACACUCUAAAUACAGCGAGGAUAAAGCGUGUUCGAAGUCGCAACAAUGUUUUUUGAAAAAGAAGAUACCCACUAGGAACAAACCAUAUAGUUUCCAAUUUGCCCCGCGAAUAUUCCCCGCUGUAGUUUAAAGAAUAGAAGUCAUUAUUGAAGUAACAUUUUUAACGCGUGCGGCAGUCGCAAUAGAUUUAAUAUACGCAAUAGACUAGGUCAAACCACGCAGUAGAGUGCAACGGCUACAGGCGACUAAACGAAAUCCACAUAUGCAUAUAUAGAUAUAUAUUACCUUGAGCUACAAACCGUGUCCCAGGACACGCGUUCUCAAUCUGUUUUCUAUUUCUAAAAGCAACGGAACACAGAUAAGGUUGUUGUUUUUAUUUAGAACGAUUUUAUACUCUCGAACAAUUCGGGGACUCGUUUCUUCACUUGGCGCAAAACUGUAGUACGCAUAGCUGAAGCAAGCUGAAUCGCCGCCACACCGCCAAACAGUUGGUUGGUACGCCCACAUACCUUCACGAGCGAUACCCAUAAUCCGGAACGCAAUAUCUGCACUUAGUAUCAAAUUCACCGAAUGACCAGCGCAUUUUGUUGAAAACGCGUUCGAUUGAUGUAUCUUGUGAUAUUGUGUUUUGUUACACGGCAUCUUCAACCACUCCUCCUUCCUUGAAAGAAACUCGAGAAAUAAUAAUAAAUUGCAGCUGCACCCGAAGCCCAGAAAA